UGCCGUUUCUGUACGUGCUUUUAAGUCAUUAGCUAAAAAUGUUAGUCAUGAUUGUUCAGUAUUUUUAUUGCAACUACCGAGGAGUUGUUUUUGUUUUUUUAAAGCACGAAUAACAUCUUUUUCAUUAGCAGUAUGACAUAAAUUGUGUUGUGAAAAAGUAUUUUGCACAUUUGUCACAUUUACAUGUUUCAGAUAAUCAAACAAAUUUUAACAUUAGACAAAGAUAACACGAGUAAAUGCAAAAUGCAGUUUUUAAAGGAUAAUUUCAUUUAUUAAUGGGGGGAGGGGGUAUCCAAACCUACGUAGCCCUGUAUGAAAAGGUAAUUGCCCUCUAAAACUAAUAAGUGGUUGUGUCAACCUUGACAGCAAGAACUGUAGUCAAGCAUUUGUUAUAGCUGUCAAUCCGUCUUUCACGUUGAUGUGGAGCAAUUUCCGUCCACUCUUUUUUUGCAUAAUUGUUUUGAUUCAGCCAAAUUGAAGGUUUUUUGAGCAUGUUUAAGAUCAUGCCAAAGCAUCUCAAUCGGAUUAAAGUCCAGAAUUUGACUUGGCAACUCCAAAAAUGUUAUUUUGGUUUAUUUUUAACCAUUCAGCGGUAGACUUGCAGGUGUUUCUCAUGUCAUUGUCCUGCUGCAUAACCUAGGUGGGCUUGAGCUUCAGGACUCAAACUGAAGGUUGGACAUUCUACUAGGAAUUUCUUUCAGAUAUUAAAAUUCAUGGUUCCAUCAGUAAGUCAUUCUGGUCCUGAAGCAGCAGGACCACUACCAUGUUUAGCUGUUUCUAUAAUGUUCUUUUUAUGAAAUGCUGUGCUAGUUUUAUGCCACCUGUAACAGGACAAAACCUUCCAAAAAAUUAGACUUAUGUCUUCUCAGUCCCCAGAAAAAUUUUCCCAUAAGUCUUUUGGAUCUUCAAGAUGGUUUUUGUCAAAUAUGAGAUGAGGCUUUGUGUUCUUUUUGAGCAGUUUCGACUAGGAACCCUCCCAUGGAUUUUUUCCCUGAUCCCUGUCUUAUUGUUGAAUAAUGAACACUGAUGUUGGAGUGUUUUGGUAGGCCGGAGACUAGGAGGUUCACCACUGCUCUUAAGUUUUCUCCAUUUGUGGAUAAUGGUUCACUGGAGUCCCAAAGCCUUAGAUGAGCUCUGUAACCCUUUCCAGACUGAUAGAUGGCUAUGACUUUGUUUCUCACUUGUUUCUUUUUAUUGUGCCAUGAUAUGUUGAUAUUUUUGACAUCUUUUAGACUACGUUAAUUUUUGUCAGAUAGUCUCUAUUGAAAUGAUUUCUUGAUUCAACAGGUCUGGCAGUAAUCAGGUUGGUGAAAAUGAACUCAGUUAAAAGAAAAAAAAGUUCAUGAUUUAACAAGAUGGGAAACUUGAGUCCAUCACAAAGACCGUGUGCUUCAGGGAUUGACAAGAGAGGAUGCUGCUCUCUGCCAGGACAAGAAAUCGUGGGACACAGAACGCGUCAGUAGUUCAAGACUGGGCCUGUUCCUGGAUACUCAGAGGACGAGAAAAAAUAUGUGUAUCACCUCUACCCGUGACUUUGGGAGAUAGCAGAGCAAAACACUAAUACAUUGACAUUUGAAAUUUCUGGAGUCCAGCAGCCAAAAUACUAGAAUUAAACUAGCUCUGAAAAAAUGAACUUCCUGUCAACCUUUGUGACCUUUAAGAACCUCCAUGAGGUUCGGAGAUUGUGCCACUGGGGUCCAAUCAUAGCCUUGUCUGUCAUUGCUAUAUGCUCCACAAUGGCAAUUCUAGACUCCAUUAUCUGGUACUGGCCUCUAGACACUACAGGGGGGAGCAUUAACUUCAUCAUGCUCAUCAACUGGACUGUCCUCAUACUUUACAACUACUUCAAUGCUAUGUUUGUUGGACCUGGAUACAUUCCUCUUGGCUGGAAACCAGAAAAUCAGCAGGAUACCCAGUACCUACAGUACUGCAGAGGGUGUCAAGGCUACAAGGCUCCCAGGUCCCACCACUGUCGAAAGUGUAACAGGUGCGUGAUGAAAAUGGACCACCACUGCCCCUGGAUCAACAACUGCUGUGGCCACUUGAAUCACGCCUACUUCACCAGCUUCCUGCUCCUGGCUCCACUGGGUUGCUCACACGCUGCCGUUAUCUUCAUUAUGACUAUGUACACACAGCUGUAUGAGAGGAUAUCAUUCGGCUGGAGUACUGUAAGGAUUGACAUGAGUGCUGUGCGUCAAUUUCAGCCCCUCAUGCCCUUCAGUGUGCCUGCCUUCGCUGCUACACUCUUUGCCUUAGGUUUGGCACUUGGCACCACUAUUGCCGUUGGUAUGCUUUUCGUUAUACAGAUGAAAGUCAUCCUUCGAAAUAAGACUUCAAUCGAGUCGUGGAUAGAGGAAAAGGCCAAAGACAGAAUACAGCACUACCAAACAGGGGAAGAGUUUAUCUUCCCGUACGACCUCGGCAGCCGCUGGCUGAAUUUUAAACAAGUCUUCACGUGGUCGGGGACACCCAGAGGCGAUGGCAUUGUAUGGCCAGUCCAUCCCAAGUGUCACCAGCACACCUUAACUAUUGAGCAACUGAAACAGAAAGCUGAUAAACGAGUGAGAAGUCAGGUCCAGUACCGGGCAGUAGAGGAUUAUAAUGGAGCUUGCUGCCCUCUCAGCAAGGGUUUACAAACUUUUUUUAGAACCCCCUGCACCGAGGAACCCAGGAUCCCUCUCUGCAAGGGGGAUACCAUUCUGGCUACUCGUGGUACCAAAUGGUGGAUGUAUGGAGAUAAAGUUUUAAGUGAGGAGCACCUGAGAGCUGGAGACCGUGUAAGAGGAUGGUUUCCAAGACGAUGUGUGGAGAAGUGCCAUUAUGACACAGCAGCAAGUGAUACCACCAGUGAUAAAAAAGUCAAUUAAUACAUGUCAACGGGCUUGAUGUGUUAAACUCUCAAUGUUUAUAAGCAUCCACUGAAGAUGUCAUGCCCGAUCCUGCAGGUUUACCAUCAAGAAUUUCAAAUUUUCCAUUUCUUGCACAUUUCAGUGCCAACUUAUAUUUCUAAGUAGUUUUUUGAGUCUUACUGAGCACUUUUUAUUUGUGGAGAAGUCAUUAGAGGAACUGGUCCCAUAGGCUCAGUUUGAUUCCUCUGACCAAAAAUUAAACUCAACAACCGUCUUAAUGUCCAAGAGUACACCAGACUAUGGUGUAACUUUGUUAUGACUAAACUUUUUACUUGAACCUGUUAUUUUUCAUUUGUGUUGGUAUUUCUUUUUUGCUACUUAUGCAAAGCCUCUGCCCACCAAACUUGAGGGCAUGGAACUCUUUCUACCUUAUAGAGACAUUUCAUUUUCUUUUUUUCUUUUUAUUAAUUAUUUUUGUGAAAGUAAAUUGUUGGCCUCAAAAUAUAAUUUGAAAAAUGAAGAAAGAUCUCCCCCAAGAGUGUUUUUGUCUCAUUCUUUGUAAUAGAUUCUCUUGUUUGUUAAUUUUUUUUAAGACAUCUUGGGCUUGUAAAAAGUGCUUCGUUUACAUUUGAUAAAUUGUAGAUAAUUAAACCCGCCACUUCAGUCAAAUAUUUGUAUAAUUCCUUUAAUAGUACCUUCAAAUACAGAAACAAUUUACAUCAAAGUUAGUUCUGCAGUUUAUAAUUGAAUAAGUUGAAUGUUUAAUUUUUCAUUAUAAUAUUAAAUUUAUUGACAACUUC